AUGAAGAUCGCAAUCGCUCCCACUUCUUUCCAAAGAAAAGCAUUCGUGUCUUCGUUCCUUCGAGUCGAUCUUCUAUGGCUGCAACUCUCUUACUUUGCCACCCUGAGCGUUUUAGGGUUCAUCGUUUUAGCCAACUUGGAGCCAAGAAACCCUCUUGAUCGUCCCAAAAACUUCGAUCUUCUCUUCACCUCCGUCUCCGCUACAACUGUUUCCAGCAUGGCCACAGUCGAUAUGGAGGUUUUCUCAAAUACCCAACUGUUUAUCUUGUCGAUUCUUAUGCUUUUGGGAGGAGAAGUCUUCACUUCAAUGCUUGAACUCCAAAUCCAAAAGUUUAGGUUAUUAGAGAUAAAGAAGACUCGGUACUUCGACUCCAAUGGCUGUACAGAUCUUGAAAACAAUUCGAACUCUUUGAAGAACAACGGCAUAGACUUGAAGCACGAUUCCAUGAAGUUUUUAGGGUCUAUCGUCCUGAUUUACUUCCUUACUGUGCAUAUAAGUUCGUUUCUUCUAGUUUCUCUAUACAUAAGCCUUGUUCCAUCUGCAAAAGAAGUUCUGAGCAGCAAAGAUCUGAACAUAACAGUAUUCUCAACUGUUACCAUAAUCUCUACUUUCACCAACUGUGGCUAUCUCCCAACAAACGAAAACAUGAUGGUUUUCAAGAAAGAUUUAGGUUUGCAACUAAUUCUAAUCCCAUUAGGCCUUCUUGGGAACACAUUGUAUCCUGUGUUUCUUCGAAUUCUACUGUCGAUUCUACGUAAGGUGAGUGAUAAGGAGGAGUUGGAGUACGUUUUGCGAAACCACUGGGAGUUGGGGUACAGCCACUUGUUAUCAGGGUUCCGGUGUCGGUUUCUUGGCCUAACGUGUAUCGGGUUCAUAGGUAUUCAGUUCGUGGUUUUCGUAUCUAUGGGAUGGAAGUCUGAACUCAUGGAGGGGUUGAAUCCUUUGGAGAAAGUAAUAGGGUCGUUAUUUCAAGUUGUGAACACUAGGCACACCGGUGAAUCGGUGUUUGAUCUUUCGCUCGUUACUCCGGCAAUCCUUGUGUUAUUCAUCAUGUUGAUGUACCUUCCACCGUACACAUAUUUCUUGCCGAAAGAAGAUAAAGACAAUAAGUGUAAUGAAGAACAAAAGGAAGGUUUGAAUGGAUUCCUCCUGGUCUCACCACUCACCUUUUUGAUCAUUGGAAUCAUGCUUAUUUGCAUCCAAGAAGCUGAAAAUAUGCAUAAAGACCCCCUCAACUUUAGUGUCUUGAGCAUCGUUUUUGAAGUCAUUAGUGGUUAUGGAAACGUGGGAUUGUCAUUGGGAUAUAGUUGCAAACGACAACUUCAACCUGACGGAAACUGCAAAGACGCAUCGUACGGGUUCGUUGGAAGAUGGAAUGGUAUCAGCAAACUGGUUCUCAUUGUGGUGAUGAUAUUUGGAAGGGUUAAAAAAUUUCACAAGAAUGGUGGUAAAGCAUGGAAGCUAUCUUGACAUAAUAAUUAAGUCCCCUCGAAUCUCUUGUGGAUAUAGAGCUUAAUGUGUGCUAUUUUUCUUGGCUUUUUUCACUUUUUGUGCUUAAUGAAGGCGUUCUUCGCUUUUUUUAUCCAUUAAACGUUGUGCGGGUUAAG